GCUUAGUCAAAUUUCGAAGCUCGCUUGAAUCUACUUGGGACGGCGCUUGACGGUGACCAGUAUCUGUUCCUGGUAAAUCCGUAAAUUCGCAGAGAAGUGGCUUAAAUCAAAACAACAACAAAAACCCCCUAAAAUCAAGUUGUCUCACUAACUUACCGCGGCUCGAAAUUACAUACUCUAGUGUCAACAAAAAACUAUAAAUCUUAAUUUGUGAAUGCUAUCAAAAGAUAAAAAAGUUGAAGAAAAACACCAACAAACGCGAGUGAAUAGUGCAGUGUUAAAUUAACAAAUUGGCAGCCUUGGAAUAAACUUGAAAUCAACGUCUUUUUUCAUCUGAGUUUUUUCGGCUGCAGAUCAACCAGCUUCCUUUCCGGUUAGCUGAUCUGGGUCAAGAUCAAACGGAAGGCAAACGAACUUCAGAAAAAACAUUACCGCGAUCACCUCUGUGGAGAAACCGCUACAAGCCAGAUACUGUCAACUCCUAAAAAUCUAUCAACAUGGGAUCUUUACCGCAACUCUCAAUUGUGAAAGGUGUCCAACGGGAGCUAAUACCAAAAAAAUUACACAAACUCUUCGAAUCAAACCUUGAAUCAUGCAAAAACAAAACAGCCUUAUCCUUCAUAGAAAACAUAAACCUAGACCCAACUGAAAUCGACUACACAACAUUAAAUGAAAACGCAAAUCAAAUCGCCAGGUUAAUAAUUUCGCAGGCCAAACAACAUGAACUGAAGCCCAACCAAGAUGGAGACUGGAUUGUCUCAGUUUGUAUGCAACCAACUGAAAAAUUGGUAACGAUUCUACUAGCUAUAUGGAAAUCUGGAGCAGCCUACCUGCCCAUGGAUCCAUCAUUCCCAGCGAAUCGUAUGCAGCAUAUCAGAAAAGAGGCCCAACCUUUCCUUAUUAUCUGUGAUGACGAUGUUGAUGGUCAACAAUUUGAGCCCACAAUAACUUUAACAGUUGAAGAAUGCUUCGAUAAACGAUUGGAAUUUGCAAAUAGCAACAUUGAUUCAUCUGAAUUGUUCAAUUCCACAGAGAACGAUUUGGCUAUAGUAUUAUACACAUCGGGAAGUACUGGAGUUCCAAAAGGCGUUCGACUCCCCCAUGCAGUUAUCCUUAACCGACUUCAAUGGCAAUGGAACCAGUUCCCUUAUUCUGCAACAGAAAAAACAGGAUGCUUCAAAACCGCACUGACGUUUGUGGAUUCAGUGUCGGAAAUUUGGGGGCCUUUGCUAAAUGGCAUGCGACUCAUUAUCGUUCCAAAGGCAAUUACCAAAGAUCCUGAACAACUCGUCGAUGUUCUCGAUCUAUACAAAAUUGAAAGGCUUGUCUUAGUCCCUACACUUUUACGAUCACUUCUCAUGUAUCUUUCUAUGACAACAAAACCAAAUGCGUUAAAAGGUUUAAAGUCAUGGAUCUGCUCUGGUGAACCUCUUGCGCUGUCAUUAGCAAAGGAGUUCUACCAUUACUUUGAAGAAGGCAAACAAUGUUUAUACAAUUUCUAUGGAUCAACAGAAGUAAUGGGGGACGUUACGUAUUUCGCAUGCGAGAGCUCAAAACAAUUAAACAGUUUAGAAAGGAUUCCAAUCGGGUACCCCGUAGACAACACCGUGGUCUACCUUUUGGACGCCGAAUUAAGGCCUGUUAAAACUGGAGAGAUUGGCGAAAUAUACGUGUCUGGCUUGAAUCUUGCUGAUGGCUAUGUAAACGGAAGGGAUCCACAUCGUUUCUUGAAAAACCCACUGGCAGUUGACACAGAUUAUUCACGGCUUUACCAAACUGGUGAUUUUGGGUCUUUAAACAAAGGGGUCAUUAUGUUCGAAGGACGAACUGAUUCGCAAAUCAAGAUUCGAGGCCACCGAGUGGAUUUAAGUGAAGUUGAAAAAAUUCUACUCACCAUCGAUGCGAUUGACAAGGCUAUAGUGCUAUGUUACAAUGCUGGCGAAAUCGAUCAAGCUUUACUGGCUUUCAUCACUAUGAAAAGGGGUGAGAGGUGCUACUGUGGGUUAGACAUAGAGAGCCUUCUGAAGAGCAAACUGACAGACUACAUGAUUCCACACGUAAUCGUUAUGGAAAGCAUUCCCCUGUUGGUCAACGGGAAGGUAGACAGACAGUAUUUGCUGAAGACGUAUGCCGAGUCGAAUAAUAACAACAAUAGUACAGAAAUCGAGGUGGAUUAUGCAGCAGUCCCAGAAAAUCUCAUGAACGUAGCAAGAGACCUAUUUGAAAUCGUCGGACAAGUUAUAGGCAGAUCAGCUCGCACGAAACUUUCAGUCUCCAGCAAUUUUUAUGAAAUGGGUGGAAAUUCGUUGAAUUCUAUUUACACAGUCACGCAGCUCAGGGAAAGGGGCUAUUUUAUUAGCAUUACUGAAUUUAUAGCAGCCAAAAAUUUCGGGGAAAUUCUACACCAGAUAUCUAAAACUGAAAUUACCCUACAGGAAGACAGUCAUGAUAAAUAUUUGAAAAUGCAAGCGACCCCCCUUACAAUCGAUGAUCAACAAGCAACUAUUGAUAUCAUCACAUCCAGUUUCUACGGAAAAGCCGAUCUUGAACAUUGGUUGAUAGACGAAAUUCACCCUGAAGAUUAUGCGAAUAUAUUGAAGGAAAUUUGGGAAGUCCUAGUCGAAAAAGAUCUAAGUUUCAUGAUCAGGGAUGAAAACGGUCGCCCCAUAGGAGUUGCAUUGAAUUUUGAUGCCCGCGAUGAACCCGAAGUAAACAUAGAAAGCAAAUUACAAGUGAUAUUUGAAUUUUUGGAGUACUUGGAAGGUCCAAUAAGGGACAACCAGCUUCCACCAGGUGCUAAUCAAAUAUUACACUCUUUCAUGAUGGGCACAGUUGAAGAUCUAAAUGCACAAGAAAAUGUUGCUGUGAUAAAUUUCAUGGAAGAUCAGGUCCUCAGCCUGGCGAAAAGGAAGAACUUUGCAGGCAUUUUCACAACAAAUACGAAUCCUUUAACACAGCAACUCGGCACAAAUGUAUAUAAUUAUGAGAUUCUGCUGGACUAUCAAGUCAACCAAUAUGUAUACAGUGAUAACUACAAGCCCUUCGGAGCUGCCCCUGACAGUCAACGAGCAAUUGUCCAUUGGAAGGAUAUACGGGAUAAAUGAAAGCUAGAAGCUAGUUGUAAUAUAAUAGGCACUAAAUUAUUUUUAAAUUAUAUUUAUGUAAAUAGCAUUUACAGUAUUCGAUAUGUGUUAUUAAUUUUAGAAUAAAAUACUUCGCAA